UGACACUCCGCACUCCGCACGGCACGCACACAUGAAAUUGGCAACGACAACAAGAAGUAUGAUGUGUGUGUAAAUAAAUUUAAAUAUUUUUAAGUAAAACAUUUUUAACGUGUUAUGAUCAUUGGUUAUCUAUUCACGAUAUCAAAUAAUCUCUACUUUAGUGAUGUCGUCAGCUUCAAUGCCUCUCUUAGAGGAUACUACAGCCUUUGGCGAAGAUGAGGGAGAAUUUGGCGUUAAAAAGGAUGCUUUAGCGCAUCCAUACAUUACAUUUUUUCACCUAGCUUUCCGAGGAGCUGCCAUAGUAGCAUACUUAUUAUGUGAACAGUUUACCGCAAGUUUUAUAACAAGUUUUGUAAGUGUAAUUUUAUUAUUAUCAAUGGACUUCUGGACUGUAAAAAAUAUAACAGGAAGGCUAAUGGUUGGAUUGAGGUGGUGGAAUUAUGUGGAUGAGGAUGGAAAAUCUCAUUGGGUAUUUGAAUCUAGGCAGAACAAAGUAAAUGAACGAGAGGCUCGCAUCUUCUGGGUUGCUUUGGUUCUAACCCCAUUAUUGUGGUCCUUUCUAUUUAUUGUAGGAUUAUUUGGAUUCGAGUUCAGGUGGUUGUUGCUAGUAACGAUUGCAUUGAUUUUAACUGGAUCCAAUCUCUAUGGAUACGUGAGAUGCAAGGUUGGAAAUAAAGAAAGUGUCAGCAGUUUGACCUCGGACUUUCUUCGAAGACAAGUUCUACAAAACGCGGUCUCUCUAAUGACGCGUCAACCUCCCGCUCAACCAGCACCCAGCCAGUCAAACUUGCCAACAAAUGUAGUCUAAGGAUAGAUAUAAAAAUAGUUUGAGAGUGGACAAAUAAACUAAAUCGAGUAAAUUUAAUGAAAAAAUUUCUCUUAGUAAAAGGUAUAUUUAUUUAGAAACCUUUAAAAGGACCACAAAUAUCACAGAACACGUUUCACUCUCUAAAAAGCGCAUCAUCAGUGUUACAAGCUUAACAUGCUGAGCCACCCAAAAAUACAGGUUAAAACCCUUUAAAUGCCGACUAAAUGUCUUACAUAGUUAAAUAAACAUAUUUUGUUGGUUGAUUGUAAGUUGAACGUUUAGUAUUGGUUUUUUACUAAUUGUCAUAAAUUUGGCCUUCUUUAUGUUAAGAGCUAGUCCGUAUCUGUUGCUGACUUCUGUUAAACGAUUUGUUAAUAUCUGUAAAUCAUUCAGAUUAUCGGCAAAAACUAUGGUGUCAUCUGCAUAUCUAAUGUUAUUCAACCAUUCACCGUUUAUUAAUACUCCUUUCGCAUAACCGUCUAAAGCUUCCUUAAAUACCCAUUCAGAGUAAAUAUUGAAUAGUAGUGGAGAUAAAAUACAGCCCUGUCGUACUCCUCGUUCUAUUGCAAUUUUAUCAGUUAACUGGUCUUCUAUUUUGAUUUUGGCCGUGUGAUUGUAAUAAAUGUUUCUGAUAAUGGUUGAGUAUAAAAUGUGAUAAAAUUGGAUCUCCAUCUCGCUGAACACUCACUAUUUGAUCCUUACUCAAAUGCGUAAGACGCUAGAAAACCAAAAAAUUACAUAGAAUUCGUAUGUAGCUACUUUGUAUUUGAUGAAUGCAAUUAAAAGUUUAUUGUCAAGUCUCAAACUAAUCUAGAUUUUAAGUAAUCUAUACAUACUUAUCUGGUCUUAAAAAUAAAUGUGAUUGUAAGUUAAUUUUUGCCAAUGUUUUUUUAAUAUAAUGUAUUAUAUUGUUCAUUUUUGUUAAAAUUAAGACAGGAAAUUCACUAUUCCUAUUUUAGUUUAAACAGCUUCUUUUAUAACUUAUUACAUUAAAUGUAGAAAAAAAAACUAUUUAAAAUAUUUUUUAAUACAUUUAGUUUUUUGUUAAUAAAUAUAAAUAAAAUAACUGAAA